AUGAAAAAAAAUAAUAAAAAAUCUUCAAGCACAAAAGUCAAAGUGACUCCUUGUUCUAAUGAUCGUUAUUAUAUGGAUUAGUCAAUAGAUGAGGAGGUCUACCUUAAGUAAAAUUAUAAAGUUGUAAGGGAAAUGGGAAGAGGUGGUUAUGGAGUUGUAUAUAAAGCGUAUGAAAAUGAUCAUAAAAUAUAGUCUAGGAUUGAAUUAGGGUCAAGUUGAUAAAACAAAAAAAUAUGCUAUAAAGGUUAAUUUUUCAACUGUGUCUCCAGAAUUGAUUUUUGCAGAGAUUGGAUUUUUAAAAUUAGUUUAUGGUAAAGAGAAUAUGCCUCAGUUAGUGAAUUUAUUUUUGAAGGAUCAAAAAAUAUACAUUGUAAUAGAAUAUUUUACAUUUAAACCAUUCAUAGUAAAUAUUUAAGUUAAAUAAGACAUUUUUUGCUACUUUUGAUAUGAUGCAAAUAAGAAAAUAUCUUUAUGAAUUAUUAAAGGCAUUGAAUCUUUUAAAAUAAAAUGGCAUCUAUCAUCGAGAUGUAAAACCUGGUAACUUUCUUUACAACCCUAAAACCUGUAAGGGAAUUUUGAUAGAUUAUGGUCUUAGUGAGAUAGAUAGAUCAUUUGUAGCAAAAUUAAUAGAAAAAGAAAAAGAUUUGUCUAAGAAAGUAAGAAUUUAUUAAAAUAUAUUCAUAAGAAUCCUUAAUCAGAUGAAGUAUAAGAAAUUAGAAGGAAAAUUAAUUUAUAUAAUGAAAUAUAGAAAACAAUAGAUUAAAUUGGAUAAAAUAAGAUUGGAACAGAAAGUUUUAUGCCAUUAGAAAGUAUAUUACAUUAUCAUGUAUAAUAUAAAUUUAAGUAUAAAUAGGAUCAAUCUUAUGAAGUUGAUAUGUGGGCAGUAGGAGUUAUAUUUUUAUAAUUCUUAACUAAGAAAUAUAAUUUAUUUAGUAAUGUUAGAAUGAUAAAUAAACCAGUUGCAACUAAGAAUUUUUUUUAUGUUAACUUUAUAUUGGAAUUAGCAAGUUUAUUUGGUUCUGAAUAAGUGAGAUAAAUUUGUGAUUUAUUUGGUACUAUUUUAUAAUAAAUAAAGAAUAUGAUUUAAAAUUACCAUCAGUGACAGCAACUAAACCAAUUAAAUGGAAAUAGAUAAUAAAUAUGGAAGGUUUUGAUGAUAAUGCAGAAGAUUUAUUAUCAAAAUUGCUUUGUUUACAUCCUAAAUAAAGAAUUAAAGUUGAAGAUGCAUUAAAACAUCCAUUUUUUUAAACUGUAAUGUCUUAAGAAUAGUAAGCAGAAACUAAUUUUUAAUUAGAAUAGGAAUUUAACAUUAUUAAAUAAACUGAAAUAUGA